AUGCCCACCAACGGCCUGCACCAGGUGCUGAAGAUCCAGUUUGGCCUGGUCAACGACACCGACCGCUACCUGACAGCCGAGAGCUUCGGCUUCAAGGUCAACGCCUCGGCACCCAGUCUCAAGCGGAAGCAGAUGUGGGUGCUGGAGCCGGACCCGGGGCAGGGCCCGGCCGUGCUGUUCCGCAGCAGCCACCUGGGCCGCUACCUGUCAGCCGAGGAGGACGGGCGCGUGGCCUGCGAGGCGGAGCGGCCGGGUCGUGACUGCCGCUUCCUGGUCCUGCCGCAGCCCGACGGGCGCUGGGUGCUGCGGUCGGAGCCCCACGGCCGCUUCUUCGGUGGCACCGAGGACCGGCUGUCCUGCUUCGCCACGGCCAUCUCCCCGGCCGAGCUGUGGACCGUACACCUGGCCAUCCACCCGCAGGCCCACCUACUGAGCGUCAGCCGCAGGCGCUACGCGCACCUGUGCCCGCAGGAGGACGAGAUGGUGGCGGACAGUGACACGCCGUGGGGCGUGGGCGCGCUCAUCACCCUCAUCUUCCAGAACCGGCAGUACUGCCUCAGGUCCUGUGACAGCCGCUACCUGCGCAGCGACGGCCGCCUCGUGUGGGAGCCCGAGCCCCGAGCCCGCUACACGCUGGAGUUCAAGGCCGGCAAGCUGGCCUUCAAGGACUGUGAUGGCCGCUACCUGGCGCCCGUGGGCCCCACUGCCACGCUCAGGGCGGGUCGCAACACGAGGCCCGGCAAGGACGAGCUCUUCGACCUGGAGGAGAGUCACCCGCAGGUGGUGCUGGUGGCCGCCAACCACCGCUACGUGUCCGUGCGGCAAGGGGUCAACGUCUCAGCCAACCAAGACGAGGAACUGCAUCAUGAGACCUUCCUGAUGCAAAUUGACCAGGAGACAAAGAAGUGUACCUUCUAUUCCAGCACGGGGGGCUACUGGACCCUGGUCACCCAUGGGGGCAUCCAGGCCACGGCCACACAAGUUUCGGCCAGCACCAUGUUUGAGGUGGAGUGGCGCGGCCGGCGGGUGGCACUCAAGGCUAGCAAUGGGCGCUACGUGUGCAUGAAGAAGAAUGGGCAGCUGGCGGCCACCAGCGAUUUUGUGGGUGAGGACGAGGAGUUCAUUCUCAAGCUCAUCAACCGCCCCAUCCUCGUGCUGCGGGGCCUGGACGGCUUCGUCUGCCACCGUCGUGGCUCCAACCAGCUGGACACCAACCGCUCGGUCUACGACGUCUUCCGCCUGAGCUUCAGCGACGGCGCCUACCACAUCCGAGGUAGAAAGGGUCAGGGCUGGAAGCGGUCCUUUCUCCAUUGA